CAUCGUCUUCAAAGGCGCAAAACGACCCUUGUGCCCAGCUUUGAUCUGAUUGAACGACAAUGAACCUCUCAAACUGCAGCAAAACUUUGAAAUGGUUGCUAAAAGAUGUAGAAGCUUCACUGUAGUUAGUGAAGUGAGUUAUCAAGUCAGGGUUUCGUUUUUGGACAGCCCAGGUUGUGAAGUGGGGGGCGGUCGAGCCUAGAUAUUCUCCUCUAGAUGGCCAGUCAUCUUUCAAGACCUCUCUUUGCCUCGCUUGCAUCGGCAGCAGGUGUUAUCAUACAAUGAUAACGAGUCGCGAGAGACAAGGCAUAUCGCUCUACAAUAUUCACUCAUAUACUAUUGUGGAUGCGGAGGAACCGUUGAGUUGAGGACGGAGUCAACACACGAAUAAGGUGUAGCCUUCAGUAGCUUGACCAGUUUGAAGUGACCCUAACCUAUCACAGGGUGCAGCACUUAAGUGGGUGGAGUCAUCUGAAGGAGUGACCAAUGAGUCCCUUCGCUUGCUGGGUGACCUUCUGUUCUCUGCCUAUCUGGUGGAUCGUCCUGCUGCACAUCUCUGAACAGAGGGUCAAUGCUGGAGAGACGCUGGGCUCGUGUGAUGGCAGAGACUGCUCAGUGUGCAGCUGUCUCCCCGCCAAGGGAGCCCGGGGGGGCCCAGGGAAGCUGGGGAAGCAGGGGCCACAGGGCCCAGAUGGCAUCAGGGCCUCCGCAGGGCCUCACGGAGAGAAGGGAAGGAGGGGUGUUGAGGGACCACCUGGGCUGGAUGGGAAAAAAGGGGAAAGGGGUCCGACUGGUCACCCAGGGUUUCCUGGUAUCGAUGGUGUCAACGGUCACGUUGGUGCUGGGGGGAAUCCUGGCCUGCCGGGGCUAGACGGCUGUAACGGGACCAGGGGACAGACGGGGAUACCAGGUGUUCAUGGCACGAACGGAUUCCCUGGACCCAGGGGAUAUCUCGGUCCCAAAGGAUCAAAAGGGGAGCCUGUCUACGAUGUAUCUGGACCUGGCCUUCCUGGCGACCCUGGGCCUCCUGGAAGAUCUGGAUCACCUGGCCAUGCGGGACCCAAGGGUCACACAGGCCCUGCUGGACCUAAUGGAAAUGAUGGUCCAGACGGUCCACCCGGGGCUAGAGGAGAACCAGGUGACACUGGCAGAUCACUGCCGGGCAUUAAAGGUGAUGAGGGGGACCAGGGUCAACCAGGGCCUCCGGGGCCUGAGGAGAUCGUCGAGCCUCCAGACCUUUUCUACCCCAAAGGAGACAAGGGGGAUAAAGGGGUUCCUGGACCAUGUGGACCCAGAGGCAUAACUGAAGAACAAUCCUAUGAAGGACUAAAGGGAGAAACUGGAAUCCGUGGCUUUCCUGGCCCUCGGGGUUACAUUGGAUCUACCGGCCUGCCUGGAACGCCUGGACCACAGGGCUAUCCUGGAGACCAAGGGUUUCCUGGUCUGAUCGGCAGGUCAGGACCAAUGGGCUUCCCAGGAGACAAAGGCAUCAGAGGACCGGCGAGCCAAAUAUACCACAAUUCCACUGUAGCAGGUUACCCUGGUGAUCCCGGCCCCCAGGGUCCAAGGGGAGCACCAGGAGACAUUGGAGAGAUGGGCAUUAAUGGACCUCCUGGACCACCAGGGGUAUUAAGCUCCACAGGUCAAUCAGGGCAGCUAGGUUACCCCGGUCUCCCUGGUCCUAAGGGUUUAAAGGGGGAGCCAGGAAGGUACUACACUAUAGAGCCAAUACCAGGACAACCAGGUGAAAGAGGGCGUCCCGGAGCCAAGGGUUUCAGAGGCCCCCCGGGCCGUCCAGGUAGGACCACACAAUACUACCAGACUGUAUGGAGUCACACCACAAGCUCUCUCUAGCCACUGUCCAUGAUUUAGAUAUGAUCUGCCCUUUUCAUGUAGUCAUUGAAAUGGUACACGUUGGAACUUAAAAUGAUGCACGUUCUAGCGUAAAUACAAGGUAUACUGUGAACUGUUACUGACAUGGUGUACAUUUUCCCUUCCAUUGUGUGCACCUCCUUGGCCUAACAUAAUCGCUGUGUUUCGACGGUGUAUCAUUACUGGAAUUCUGUUAGGAUGUGGAGGUAAGCGUGAUGUCAUUGUAUAUUGAGUGUGAUAAACUGUCUGGUUCGAGCCCUGAAUGCUGAUUGACUGACAGCCGUGGUAUAUUAGACCGUAAUACCACGGGUAUGACAAAACAUUUAUUUUUACUACUCUAAUUACGUUCGUUACCAGUGUAUAAUAGCAGUAAGGCACCUUGGGGGUUUGUGGUAUAUUUGCCAAUAUACCACGGCUAAGGACCGUAUCUAGGGACUCAAAUCAAAUCAAACUUUAUUCGUCACAUGCGCAGAAUACAACAAGUGUAGACCUUACCGUGAAAUGCUUUACUUACAAGCCCUUAACCAACAGUGCAGUUCAAUAAGAGUUAAGAACAUAUGUACCCAAUAAAUUAAAGUAAAAAGUAACACAAUAAAAUAACAAUAAUGAGGCUAUAUAUACAGGGUGUACCGAGUCAGUGUGCGGGGGUACAGGUUAGAGGUCAUUUGUACAUGUAGGUAGGGGUGAAGUGACUAUGCAUAGAUAAUAAACAGGGAGUAGCAGCAGUGUACAAAACAAAUGCGGGGGGUCCGGUGGCCAUUUGAUUAAUUGUUCAGCGGUCUUAUGGCUUGGUGGUAGAAGCUGUUAAGGAGCCUUUUGGUCUGUUGCGUCGUGCCUAAGAACAGCCCUUAGCCGUGGUGUAUUGGCCAUACACCACACCUCCUCGGGCCUUAUUGCUUAACUAAACUAUCAACAUAUUUCAAAUACUGCUUAGGGCAGCGUCCCAAAUAGCAUUAUAUUUCUCAUAUAGUGCCCUGCUUUUAGGGCCCAGAGGGUACAUGGUAAUGCUCUAUGUAUGGAAUAGUGCUGUUUGGGAUGCAGACUAGAAGUUGGACUGACACAAUGCAAAGUUUCAGGU